AUUUCGUUGACUCUGAUCGGGAUGGUCUUAUAUUUACUGAUACAAAUAGUUUUACCUGUAUCGUCAUAUACGACCAGGAAGUAUAGUGGAAUACAUAUGUAUUAAUUAGGAUAUUUUGCAAGCAUUUUAAGGGGAAAUUAUUAAGAAGUAUAAAAUAAUUAUAAGAAUGGCUGACAAAAGCUACAAUGGCUUAAAUAAGAAACAGUUGAUUUCAAUUAUUCACAAAGCGGACUUUCUAUCAAGCAUCGGUGUUUUUCUACAUAUUCGUGAAGAUACAUUGUCAAAGCUGACUGAAAUGUACAAAGAUUGCUCAGUUACUCUGAAGAAUUACAAACCACCUACCAAAGCGGAUAAAACAGUGGCCAUUACUUCAGGCUUAGCUGGUGUUGGCCUUUUCGCUAUUGUACCGUUCUUACCACUCGCAGCAGUCACUGGAGCAAUCGCUUUGAGUGUAGGGUAUAACAAGUUCACUGCGAUUUCAUCUAUUGGUAAUACGUAUGCAAGAAUGGUCAGAGGAAACACAGCAUAUGCUAGUACAAUGAGUGUUAUUACGUUUGACAAUAUCGUCGUUCAGAAGAUAAAAUUACAUGUUUGCCUCUUACGCACAUUAUUGACAUUCGACAACGACAAAAUAAUGUUUUUCAAAGUAGCCAAGGAUGAAGAUGUUUUACCCAAAUUAAAAGUGGAUUCACUUCUAGCCAUAGAUUCUGAAGUACAUGCUCAAGUACUGGACAACAUGAUCGAAGGAGUUCGAGGCAUGGUUUCUCUGUUAGAAAGUCUGGCCGAUGCACCAAACAUCCCAGCUCUUUUGGAAGAAUUUCAACGAUGCUCAAACGAAUACUUUCUGGAAGUUUGCAUCAAGCUUGAAAACACAAUUAUUUCGCUUAAAACUGAAUAUGAGGAAAUGCGAAAAUACUACAACAUGUUGAAAGGGGUUUAGUGUUUGCAACAUGAGGUGAACAUCGACAUACUUAUAUCCUGUAUUUAGAUAACAAGUAUGCGACAGCGGAAAACAGAACAUGUUUUUGUCUAUAUUUUCCCUAUACCAACCCGUCUCCUGUGCAACACUUAGCACUUAAAAUAAGUUUUCACAUUGCAUUUAAAGAUUCACUCUAACUCCCGAAAAAGAUUUAACACAAUUAAAAUAAUUGUUUAAUUUAACAAAAAGGAUCAAUAAAUGUCGAAAACAAUGGUUCUUAUGAAGGAUACCAAGCUUAAUUUGAACGAAAGAUGCAGAAAACACGGUAUUUCCACCUUAGGAUACGAUAGAAAAUUACAGUAUUUUAGCAUUCACCAAUCAUUUAUUAUUUUUUCGUUUCAGCUAUUAAAUACACGGUUGCAAUCUUGUUAUGAGCUACUGUAAUAAAUAUUUUCCAUAAAUGCAUUAUUUAGUAAGAAGUUAAAGGUUUAUCAUUCAAUAUCAUUCAAUAUCAUGUUUGUUUGUUUUACAUGUGUAUGUAUUGAUUUUGGAUAAGAGUGAAUAAGAGUGUCACUUUAAUAAAGCAUUCAAUAUCGUA